AUGAGGCGCGAGGAGCGGCGCGCCGGAAGUGCCGGGUGCCGGGGCGGGGCGGGGCCCCCCUCCGCCGCGCUCCCCCUCAGCGCCGGGCCCGGCGCUCCCCGCCCGGUGCCGGUCGGGCUCCGGAGCCGGGCCCGGCCUCGGCCUCUGCGCGGCCCGGUCCGGUUCGGCCCGGCCCGCCACGGGGAGGAUGGGGCAGCCGCGGCGGCCGGUGAUCGGCAGCGGCCCGGCGGCGCCAUGACCGGCGAGAAGAAGAAGAAGAAGCGGCUCAACCGCAGCGUCCUGCUGGCCAAGAAGAUCGUGAUCCGGGACGGGGCCGGCCGCCAGGGCAUCGGGGAGCCCAGCGUGUACCACGCCGUGGUGGUGAUUUUCCUGGAGUUCUUUGCCUGGGGGCUGCUGACCACGCCGAUGCUGACGGUCUUACACCAGACUUUUCCUCAGCACACGUUCCUGAUGAAUGGUCUGAUUCAUGGAGUCAAGGGUCUGCUCUCUUUCCUAAGUGCCCCGUUGAUUGGUGCUCUCUCUGAUGUCUGGGGCAGGAAAUCUUUCCUCCUUCUCACCGUCUUCUUCACGUGUGCACCAAUUCCUCUGAUGAAGAUCAGCCCAUGGUGGUACUUUGCUGUCAUUUCCAUGUCUGGAGUGUUUGCUGUUACCUUUUCUGUGAUUUUUGCCUAUGUUGCUGAUAUCACACAGGAGCAUGAGCGCAGCACGGCGUACGGCCUGGUGUCAGCCACGUUUGCUGCCAGCCUGGUCACCAGCCCGGCCAUCGGCGCCUACCUUUCCCAAGCCUACGGUGACACCCUGGUGGUUGUGCUGGCUUCAGGGGUGGCUUUGCUGGAUAUUGGCUUCAUCCUGCUGGCUGUGCCCGAGUCCCUGCCUGAAGAGAUGCGCCCGGUCUCCUGGGGAGCCCCAAUCUCCUGGGAACAAGCUGACCCGUUUGCUUCCUUGAGGAAGGUGGGUCAGGACUCCACAGUGCUGCUCAUCUGCAUCACUGUCUUUCUCUCCUACCUGCCCGAGGCUGGCCAGUACUCCAGCUUCUUCCUGUACCUACGACAGGUCAUUGGUUUUUCCUCAGAGACUGUAGCAGCCUUUAUCGGUGUGGUUGGAAUUCUCUCUAUACUGGCUCAGACAGUCGUGUUGGGAAUUCUCAUGCGCUCCAUAGGAAAUAAAAACACCAUCCUCCUGGGACUAGGCUUCCAGAUCCUGCAGCUUGCCUGGUAUGGCUUUGGAUCACAGCCUUGGAUGAUGUGGGCAGCAGGAGCUGUGGCUGCCAUGUCCAGCAUCACCUUCCCAGCCAUCAGUGCCAUGGUGUCGAGGAGCACGGACCCUGACCAGCAGGGUGUGGUGCAGGGGAUGAUCACUGGAAUUCGGGGUCUGUGUAAUGGCCUGGGGCCAGCACUCUAUGGUUUUGUCUUCUAUCUCUUCCACGUGGAGUUGAAUGAAAUGGCUGAGGUGGAAACUUUGGGCAAGGCCUCCAAACCCAACAUGGCCAACCCUACAGAUGAGAGCAGCAUCAUCCCUGGGCCACCCUUCCUGUUUGGGGCGUGCUCCGUGCUGCUGUCGCUGCUGGUGGCCCUGUUCAUCCCGGAACACAACCUGGCACUGAGGUCGGGCAGCCACAAGAAGCACAGCACAGGGGCCCAGGCCCACCCCCACAGCCCACCAGCUGGGGGGUCAGAUGGCAAGGAGCCCCUGCUGGAGGACAGCAGCGUGUGAGGUGGGACAGGGACCUGCCUUGGGGCUCGACUCCACACCAAGGACGGACUCAGCAGGAGCUCGGGGAGGGGGGAGAGAGGGAUCCAAGGUAACAGACUGUGCCACUAACAGCUACUGAGGAGGGAUGAGGUUUCCCUUCGAGCCAAAUACACCCAGCUGGUGCAAAAAUGGAAUUGUAUCACCUGGUGCUGAUGGAAAGGGGAGAUACGGAGCUGCUCCACUGGAGGGAUAGUUCUGGAAAGCAAACCUGCCCCAGUGUGCCCUGCCAAACGCUCUGCUCGCUGCUGGAGGUGGAGCCAGCGUGGGCUGUGGUUGGUGAGAGCUCCCUGAGCUGUCCCUGGGAUCAAAUACGGCAUUUGCUCCAUGCCCCAUCCCUGGCAGAGCUGUUCCUGCUGCUGGCACCCACCCCUGCACGCUCUGGUGACAUGCUGAAGGGGACAGGGUGUGUGUGAAGCACAGGGAGUGCAGCUCUGAGCUUCCUCUCCCCGUUCUGCCCCAAGUGAAACUUAGACCAAAAAAAUAGAAAUCUACUGACUUAAUGUUCUGAUGAAGAGGAUAAAAAUGAAGAAGUUGCAGCUGACACAGGGGAGAAUGGGCAGGUGUGAGAAGGGCAGCUACAUGAAUUACAAGCACUUGGAUGGCCACAAGAGCUGUGGUUAUGUUUGAUUUUCUUGUCACUCUGAGGUGGCAUUUGCCUGUUGCCUCCGUGGGCAGUAGGUAGAAGAAUUUUUUCAGAAAUCUUUUCCUGGAGCUGUGAGGGUUGUUUAGGAGAACAACUUGGCUGUGCUGAGCACUUUGGAGAUGCGUGGUUUCCUGGGAGAAGGGUCAGAGAAAUGAUUGUUUACCUUGAGCAUUGUACAAAACAUGCUGGUUUGCCCCUGGGCUCCUGCCAUCUGGUGCUAAACCCAAAGAGUGUCCAGAGCUGGUUUAUUCUCAACCCAAUAGAUCCUGAUGGUGAAGGCUGCAUUGAUUUGGGCUUAGGGGUUUGGAUUCCAUGUGGCAUUUCUGAGCCUGCUGUGGAGGCUUUUGUUUAUGGAACAGUGGAACUGUAGCCUCUGCUGCAGGCUCAGCUGUGCUCAGAAAGAGCAGGAGGUGCUUGGAGUGUUGUGAAAGGAGCUGAGGCAAACAGGGAAUGUGUGGUUGUUUAUAGAAAUGUGGCAGAGGGCAGGAAACAAUUGUUCUGAUUCGAGUAAAUAAGUAGUGGUGGCAUUGAGCAGUUCUGGGAAGUAAGGACCAAACCAAGGACACCUCAGGAAUCCUUUGUUAAAGGAACUGAGGGUGCAGCAGCUGAACCAGUCUUGCCUUGGCUGCUCUCUGUUUGGGGUCCCCUCUCUGUGGGUUUGGGGAAGGUUACCCAGGGGAGAGCAGCCAAAGGGAGGCAGUGCUGGCCCUUUACAUCGGGGAUCUUUGCAGACACACAGCAGCAACUGCAAAUGCCAUUUGGUUGUCAGAGGUGGGUAUUUAAGUGAACUGACAGUUUGUUUUGUGUUGAUCUGGCCUGGUGGCAGCUCCUGUGCUCAGAACUAGGAGCAGCUGGGACACAGAGGGAUGCUGAGAUGGGUCUGGCUGCAGGUCUGGGGAGCAGAGCCAGCAGAAACUUCCUUGACCUGCCAUGACUCCGUUUUUCCCAAGCUCCUUGUGGUGACACUCCCAAUUCCCAAACAUUAGUGGGAUGGUCAGUACUGUGUGUGCAUGGCAAGCUUUUAUCCUGAAGGAAAUCCUGUCACUUGCACUUCCAGGCAGCAGUUCCCCCACCUCUGUUGGUCACAAAAAUGCCUUUUUUAGACAGGACUUUCCCCGAGUCCUGGCAAUCUGUUGAUUUACAUGGGUUAAAGUGAGCUGAAGUAGGUUUUUCCCUCACACACAGAUGAAAUAAAACAUGGAACCAUUACCUCGGAGCUUCACGGGUACAAUAUAGCGACAAGUUACAAAAAGACGAGCAUAAUUUAUAUGAUAUAAAGUAUAUAGAGAUAUAUUUUUAAAAGUCCUCUCCCUUAUUGCAUAGUUUAUUGAAACCAGUAUGUUUCUGGUCCUGUUCCCUCUCACCACUGCUGCUGCCUGUGUCCUCUCAGCCUCUCCUUCCCCUCAGACCCCAGAACUGUCCAGAAUCUUCCCUCCCAGGUCAUGAUGUGACCCCUGAGCUUCUGGAGAUGCUGACUUGUGCAUCGUGAGCCUGGAGUGUUUUGGUCUCUUUGUCAGCCCCCAAACUUGGGGCUUGGUGCUGCCAGCAGGGUGACUGCCAGGUCAGGGGCUGUGGCCUGCUUGGUGACCUGCUGUGGUGGCACUGGGCACCAGUGGGGUUACAGCACUGGGCAGCUGGGGUGGGGAUAUGGCAGCAGGUGGACGGAGGGGGGUACAGCACCAGGCAGCAGCAGGACCUCUACAGGUGCCAUUACCAACAGAAAGGUGGCUUGUGCUGGUGUGCAGACCUGGCAGCAGGGGCUCUCUGAGGUGCAGGGAGCAAGCAGGGAUCCCUUCCCACCCUAUUGGGGUUCCUCUCACCUGGUUUGGUGGGGCCUCGGCCCGGUGCCUCCCCUUCCCUCAGCGCUGUUCUGCCUUGAGGUGACAGAGCAGGAGCUGGGCCAGGCGGUGCUGGAGCUGAAGUUACCAGAGCCAAAUGAAGAACAACUUGUUCUGAAGGGCCGGUGCUUCCACAGCAUCCCAUGUGGAGGCUGGAAAGGCUGUGUGGAGCAUUCAGCUAGUUUUGCCAAUUCUUGUUACUUUAUAUGAAAACGCAACUUUUUAAAAAAGAAUCUUUUCUUAAAAUCUGCUUGAUCUGCUGUGCAGUGCCUGAGCCCGGCUGUUUAACUUUGGGAUUCCCAGGAUUUGUCUGCAGGGACUUAAAGCCUGGGAUGGUAACAGCAGUGCCCAAACACAAGGCAAAAAUCAUCUCAAUUGCCUGUCAGCAGUCCUGGCAGGUCAAGUGAGUUUCAGCUGAUCUUGUUGCAUUAAAAACCUGAGUUAUACCAUUGCUUUCUCUUCUGCCAUUAAUUUUACAAAGUAGUAACUUUUUACUUCCCUGUUUUUAUUCUUUUUCUGCACUCCAAAGGCUGUUGACAGCUGUGGUAUCUUUAAAGUGUGGGCACUUGGCCCCACCUCUGCUCUCUCACCGUUCACCAUCACGUGCGUUUGUGUCUCUUUUUUAAGCUAACGAUAAAAUGUAUUUAUUUCAGUUCAGGUUGUGUUUGGAACUGGCUAAUCUCUCCCUCUGAUGGAUUAUUUAUUAAACUGCUGCUUUCCUGUUGUGUCAAAA